UACACAGCAACAUGUCAUUUGUCACAGUGAAACUACUGUACAUGGCUGUUAUGUUUUCCUCGGGACUAACAAAAGUGUAUGUGAGUUUCUGUAACGGUCCUGCUUAUGUGAAGUUGUUCCAGUUUCUACAAAGUAAAACCAUGAACGUCAGACUCUCGUCUCUCAUUCUGCUGUUACACAUUCAAGGGUCCCUAACAUUGGGCAGCUUUUCUGUCACCGCUACUAAAAAGAACAUUUGUGCUGUAAGGGGAGCACAGGUGACACUGAGGUGCUCUUACACAGACAUCAACAUCAAAACAGUGUUCUGGUUUAACAAGAAACAAAGUAAAAACUGGAGAGAAAGUGAUGAACCUGAAGAUAUAGCUUUGGAUUUCGACUACUCAGGACGAGUGAAGCAGCAGAUCACUAACUAUCAAUCAGAUCUCACAAUAAGAGACGUGAGAGAGAGAGACUCUGGAGAAUAUCAGCUCAUGUUCAUUAUGAAGGAUGGAGUUAAACACAUCAGCUCAGUCACAGUCAAUCUAACAGUCACAGUUUUACAGGUGAAGAUGAUUCUUGAAUCUACAGGGCAGCAAGUAAAACUGAUCUGUGAUUCUUCCUGCAAGCUGACAUCUGGAUCUUAUUACAACUGGUACAAGAAUGGACAGAAAUUAAACUAUUACACAUCAAACAUAUUAAUGUCAUCCAGAGGAAACGCUGACAGCUAUUCCUGCUCUGAGUCUCGUGAAAACAACCCCUCCACUUCUGUGUGUGUGUCUAACAGCGGCUGUUGGGAUGUGACUUACACGUCUAGAAGAGUUUGUGCUUUAGUGGGAUCAACAGUAGAUAUUCACUCUUCAUACUCACAUCCCACUGGAUAUACAGUAGUGAACACAUACUGGCAUUUGUCAAACCUCAGAUUAAGAGAUCUGCGUGAGGAGCAGCAGUUUGCUGGUCAUGUGGACUAUGUGAGGAACGCACUGAGAAUCAAAGACGUCAACAUGAGCGACUCUGGAGAAUAUCAAUUCAGAAUCAUCACUAACACAUCAGCCGGCAAAUAUUCUGGUUCACCUGGAGUCAGUCUUACUGUUACAGAUACGCAGGUGACAAGCAGUCCAGACCCUGUGGUAGAGGGAGAAAAUGUGAUAUUACACUGUUCAACCAAAUGCACUCUGGAUAACAAACACACUUACAUCUGGUAUAAGAAUGGAACACAGGUAACAGAGGGAUUCACAUUAUUCAACAAGCUGUACCUGAACUCAGCCAGCAGAGAGGAGAUACAACAGUAUUCAUGUNGGAACACAGGAGUCCUGUGGUACAGGAUAAGAAAGUAUACCUUGUCUAAAAACCAGGAGGAUGCAAAGAUGGAGGCACAGUAUGAGUCAGUGUACAGUAAUGCUGCACCGUCUGAGCCCUCGCAUAAAGAAGAAAAUUAUGAAAAUCAGGAUAUUCAUUAUUCCAGCAUUAACUUUGGAGACUUCAAAACAAAGCAUGCAUCUGCAGAGACCACAGACACCACAGAAAAAGAGGAUGUUCAGUACGCCGCUGUAAUGUUCAGUUAA